AUGAUUUGGAAAUGGUUGAUUCAAGAUGAAGUUAGAAGAUUCGUUCAUAUGGUUCUCUUGGUGUACAAGUUACGAAUUUGCAAAGAGUUACAAGUCAUGACAUCAUUCAAGGUUAUUCGUUUAGUUUUGUUCAUCAAAACUUAUCAAGAUCCAAGGGAUUCAUCUUUGAGACUAAGUUCAUUUGCUUCGGCUUCUUCGUGGAAUUCAUAUCCUGAUCCUCAUUUGGGUUACGGUCAGGGUGGUUAUCCAUAUAGCUAUGAUGCACAACAACCUUCUUAUCAACCGUAUUAUGAUACCCGGCCUCCUCCUCCUCCACAAAAUUAUGACCAUGAGCCUCAUACUAGUGGUAGAGUGCCCCGUCAAGACGAUAAGAGAAAGUUAGAGAGGAAAUACUCAAGGAUUGCUGAUAGUUACAACUCCAUAGAUGAGGAAUACAUUCAUUUAACAUAA